AUGCGAUUGUUGCUGUGCAAGAAUUGGUUUACGUCGCCUAUCAUUUCACCACUACUGUACACCCGCUCUCUAUACUCCAUGAGUAACGCUACUAGUUUUCCCAUUGCUCCUCAGGCCCCGCCCAACUGGACAUUCACUCCCAACGAUAUUAACGGGAAGACCAAGGAAAUCAUCGACAAAAGCAACAAUUUCUACGAAUCUAUGAGCAAUGUCGAAACGCCCACUGUGACCAAUUUUGUGGAGCCCUUUAUGAAGUUUGAAAACGAAUUGGGUCCAAUUAUUAACCAAUUAACUUUCUUACAGCACGUGUCGUCUGAUAAAGAGAUUAGGGACGCUUCUGUGAACUCUUCAAUGAAACUGGACGAGUUAAACAUUGAUCUGUCGCUGCGCCAUGAUAUAUAUUUGCAAUUUGCGCGCGUAUGGCAGGAUGCUCAGUCCAAAAGCGAUUCUAUAGAAAGGGAAACGUUCAAAUACAUUGAGAAAUCUUACAAGGACUAUAUUCAUUCUGGUUUAGAACUGGAUGAGUCCAACCGGUUGAAGAUUAAGGAUAUUAAAAAGAAGAUUUCCGUUAAUUCGAUCAACUUUUCUAAGAAUCUUGGAGAACAAAAGGAAUAUAUUACUUUCACCAAAGAGCAAUUGGAAGGUGUGCCCGACUCAGUCUUGGCGCAGUUCGAAACGAUCAAAUCCGACAAAGAUAGAAAUGAAACCUUAUAUAAAGUUACUUUCAAAUAUCCGGACAUUUUCCCUGUGAUGAAAUUGGCGUCUUCUGCGCAGACCAGAAAGGAAGCGUUCUUGGCAGAUCAAAAUAAGGUCCCUGAAAAUGAAGCUAUAUUGUUGGACACAUUGGAGCUACGUGACAAAUUAGCGUCUUUAUUGGGCUACGACACGUAUGCCAAUUAUAAUCUUUACGAUAAAAUGGCCAAGGAUAGUACCACGGUAAUGGACUUUUUGAAUGAUUUGAAGGACAAGCUAAUUCCACUGGGCAAAAAGGAGCUAGAGUUGUUGCAGGAAAUGAAAUCUAAGGAUGUCAAGAAGCUUAACCAAGAUGAGGAUCCAAAUUACUACAUCUGGGAUCACCGAUACUACGAUAAUAAAUACCUUUUGGAAAACUUCAAUGUAGAUUUAGAAAAAAUUUCAGAAUACUUUCCUCUAGAAACUACUAUUACAGGUAUGUUACAAAUUUAUGAAACAUUGUUCAACUUGAAAUUCAUUGAAAUCAAAGACGGUCAAAGUAAAUCUGUCUGGCACGAUGACGUUAAACAACUGGCUGUCUGGAAUAUGGACGAUCCGAAAUCUCCCAAGUUUGUUGGUUGGAUUUAUUUCGAUUUGCACCCUCGUGAUGGUAAAUAUGGUCAUGCAGCUAAUUUCGGUUUAUCCUCAUCAUUCAUGACCAACGACUCCGUAAGAUCGUAUCCGGUCACUGCUUUGGUUUGUAACUUCUCAAAAUCCACGAAGGAUAAACCUUCCCUAUUGAAGCAUAACGAAAUAGUAACAUUUUUCCACGAAUUGGGCCAUGGUAUCCACGACCUGGUGGGUCAAAACAAGGAGUCAAGAUUUAAUGGCCCCGGAUCUGUCCCAUGGGAUUUCGUGGAAGCACCUUCUCAAAUGUUAGAAUUUUGGACUUGGAACAAAAAUGAAUUAAUUGAUCUUUCAUCGCAUUACGAAACAGGCGAAAAAAUCCCGGAAUCUUUGAUCGAUUCAUUGAUCAAAACUAAGCACGUCAAUGGUGCUUUGUUCACUCUAAGGCAAUUGCAUUUUGGAUUAUUUGAUAUGAAAGUGCAUACUUGUAAAGACUUGCAAAAUUUGUCAAUUUGUGAAACAUGGAAUCAAUUGAGACAAGAUAUUUCUUUGAUUUCUAAUGGCGGCACUUUAUCCAAGGGUUAUGAUUCUUUCGGACAUAUCAUGUCAGACUCUUACUCUGCCGGCUAUUACGGUUAUCUAUGGGCGGAAGUCUUUGCGACUGAUAUGUAUCAUACCAAAUUCGCUAAAGAUCCCUUGAAUACCAAAAAUGGUAUACAAUACCGUGAUAUCGUGUUAGCCCGUGGUGGUCUUAAUGAUAUUGGUGAUGAUCUAAAAAAAUUCCUAGGCAGAGAACCUUCUAAGGAUGCCUUCCUGAAGGAGCUAGGUUUACAAAAUUGA